GCGGUGAGAAGUAUGCGAAUCGAUGAGAAGAGACGAAUCUACCUAUUUUUUAACCUCAGAGAAAAGUGUCAUGUUCCUGACAUCAAUUCGUAUUUUACGAAUUCUAUUUAUGAAUUCGUCGGUUAUGCUUUGGCAUCUAUGAAUUCGUAAAUAGAAUUCGUAAAUUCGCAUUUUAUCGUAUUUUUGCCAAUUUACGAAUUCGUACACGACUUCUUGGGGACCAAAAUGAUCAUUUCACGAAUUCGUCGAUGGUCGACCAAUUCGAUUUACGAAUUCGAAGGUACCGGAAAUUCCUUUCUUACGAAUUCACCCUAAUUUACGAAUUGGCAAAAGGAAGAAAAGAGGCAAUUUUUUGGUUCGUUUUUGAUCAUUUUUGUUAGUUCGCAUCACUUCGCAUUGAAUUACGAAUUCGCAAAACAACGAUAAAAUGCGAAUUGUUGCAUCGUUUUUGCACCCAAAAAUUGCGAUUCGUCAAUUCGUCUUUAAACACUUUGUCCACACUAAUGUUUUGAAUUUGACAAAGGGUUUAUAUGUUUACUUAGUUUCUACGAUCUGAUAUUGGUGCACACUAUUUAACUGAAUCACAUCAAGCAUGUUUACUGUCCAAUCUUGCACAAAGCAUGAAACUAAAUCAGUCAUUCUCUAGUAGAACUAAUACGGCUGUCACAAAUAGUACUUCUGAUCUGUUUAAUUUACCAUCAUUAAUAUCAGCUGGCGAUACUACUUCUCCAUUGACAAAGUCAGUUAUAAACUACUUUUACUCUCAACGUCAACGGUUUUACGAGACAUUGACAACUGUAACAAGAAAUAUUCAACUAUUAAAAGACGACUCAAUUCGUUUAAGUGCUGAAUCGUUACGCCAACAGCAUUUAUCACAGAAGUCUCAAAACGACAUCAAUUUAAUUAAACAAUCAAAAGCUGAAAUAGACUCAUAUAUUGCGGGUUUUAAAUUUAACCAGGAUAUCUUACUACAAGAAUCAGCAAGCGUAAAACAAAAAGGGGAAAAUUUACGACAGACCAGCUACGAUGGAACUCUUAUAUGGAAAAUUUCUAAUGUUGCAGAGAAAAUGGCUGAUGCGGAAUUGGAACGACAAACAUCUAUUUAUUCACCGACAUUCUACUCAUCUCCAACUGGGUACAAAAUGCGUAUUCGCCUUUACUUACAAGGAGACGAGAAUGCUCGUAGAACACACAUGUCUCUCUCUUUUCUUAUUAUGCGCGGUCGAUUCGAUACAAUUCUGAGAUGGCCUUUUGAUUUUACAGUGGGAUUUUGUCUGUACGAUCAAUCUGGACAACAACGACACAUUAUUAAUUCGUUCAGACCCGAUACAAAAUCAGACAGUUUUCAACGACCAAAAAACGAAAUGAAUAUUGACUCGGGAAUAUCGAAAUUUUUUCCAUUACCGAUGACUUUACACGAUCAUAAUAGCUAUAUCAAAGAUGAUACUAUGUACAUUAAGUGUUUAAUUGAUUUUGGUGAUAUAUCGAAAAUAAUUCUUCCUUAUGCGCUUAGCUUAAACCCUGCAUUACCUCAUCAUAUUCAACAUCUUAUCAUACAACCUCAACAACAGUCCAUAUCACCCACGAAUCCUGCUAACUACAACAACAAUGAUCAGAAUUACAAUCGAUUCGCCAACGAUACAAAUACUACUCACAAUACUAACAGUAUUCAAUCGUAUGCAAUUACAACUGACAACAAUGAUAAUAACAUGUUACGAACUUCUCGAGAGGCAAUGAAUGGUGAGAAAUAUCAGCAAAAUGAAGAUCCAAAUCUUGAACAUAUUUUAGGUAUACCAUAUGCACCAUUGAUCUCACUUCAUCCUGAUGAUACACUUACCCUCACGACAAUACUAAAUUCACCUUCUAAUGAGAACUCUGACAACGACGAGGAAAUGUAA